GUGCACAACGCAGCUUAUUAGACAAUCAGGAGGGUGUGAUAUCGCUGAACGGUGCCUAGCUGUCUGAUGUCCGACUCGUAUUGUUUUCUCUGAUUACUGAAUGCAUUUGUUUUAACACGUUAAACUAACGCGAUGCAUUUAUUUGUGUCAGCUGUAGUAUUAUUCAUAUCGGCAGUGGUACCCUCGCAGGGCACCGCACUGGCUGUCGGCCCACCGGUCCAGCCUUGUCUGGCGCCGCUACAGUGGGAAGGCAGGACCGUGGAAUAUGACCACAACACAGGGCGGAAUACACGGACAAUGGUCUCAUAUGAUGGACAGAACCAGCGAAUUAGGGUCUUGGAGGAGAAGAAAGGGCACGUACCAUGCAAGAAGUUCUUUGAAUACAUCUACCUGUUCAAGAGUGCCGUGCUGUUCCAGAUCGAGCAGGUCACCAAAACGUGCGCCAAGAUCCCUCUGACGCAGGAAUGGGAUCCGUAUGACAUUCCCGACAACUCCACUUACGAGGACCAGUACUUCAUCGGAGGACCGGGUGACAUGAUCGAGGUGCAGGAAUGGUCGGACAGGAAACCUGCUCGCAAAACGGAGACCUGGGUUGGCGUUUACACGGUCAAGGACUGCUAUCCCGUCCAGGAGACCUACACCAGGAACAGCAGCGUGACGACCUCCACCCGCUUCUUUGACCUGCAGCUGGGCAUCAGCGACCCCGCCGUGUUCACCCCACCCAGCACCUGCCAGUCCGCCCAGCUUGAGAGGAUGACCGGGGGCUGCUGAGUGAGGAAGGUCCCCGACACCCCCACCCCUCACUGCUGGUACAGUCCUGUACAUGAAGCCAGACAGCUAAGCAGAACCCAUGUGAUAACCUCAGACGCUCUAACUAACAUAAACUAAUUCAAGCCAACACUGGAAAAAAGGGAAAAGGAGGGACUGAGAUCUGAGAGGUUGAGGUGAAGGAGGACUGAUGCACUCCAAAGAAAUAAAAGUUAUUCUUUGGUCAUUUAUGAAGCGAGACAUUAGUGGUUAAUAUGUGGUAUAUAGAUAGAAAACAUGGUAGAGGUUCACUUCUGGAGGAAACUGCCUAUAUGCACAAGCGCAAUUAUACUCAGAUGUAUGCCAUUGCCAUUUACUGUUUUGAGAUGGGUUUGGUGAAUGUGUUUGAGACGCUUUGGUUGUAAAGCUGGAUCAAUUAGUCAAUGUUACUCUUAUUCAUAG